AUUUCUUCGGUUGAAACACAGGGAGAAGAGAAAAAAAUCCAAAAAAACAAAACCCUCCCACACGAUUUUGGUUCGUCCCUCUCGAUUUUGCGUUAAAGGAAAAAGGAGCCAAAAAUCGAAAGAACACCCACGUAAUUUUACGGCAAUAAACAGCUACCCAUCUUCCUAAUUUGGCCAACACGUUGCCGCUCCUCCUCAGAUCUCUAUCCAAAUGGACCUCUCCCCCCUUUUAACGCUCAACCCGUAUAAAAAGCCGAAGCCUUUUCGGUUUUGUCUCACUUCUUUCAUCUCUUAGUUGGGUGGGGGUUUCUUCGUGAUUGUCUAUCGGUUGUUUCAGUUCAAUGCAGUGUUGAUAACUGAAGGAGAAAGCGAUAGACAUGGCGACUUCUUCUGACGAGGUGGUGAAAGUGAAAAGGGAAGAGCUUGAGACAUGCAUGACAUGUUCUAUCUGCAACAAGCUUUUCAAGGAAGCUACCACCAUAUCUCUCUGUCUCCAUACUUUCUGCAGGAAGUGCAUAUAUGACAAGCUAUCAGGAGAUGAUGAGAUGGAUUGCUGUCCUAUAUGUGAUGUUGAGCUGGGCAUUAGUCCAACCGACAAACUCAGGCCUGACCACAAUUGGCAAGAUAUAAGGGCAAAAAUUUUCCCUUCGAAGGGAAAAAGGACUGCAGCCCCUGAAGCCAUGACGUCAGCUUCACCACCUGCGAAAAGGAAAGAAAGGUCAUUGUCAUCGUUGGUGGUCAGUGCUCCUAAAGUUGACAUGCAGAGUGACUUCAACGUGAUGGGAAGCAAAGCU